AGCAUAAUGAUGGGUGGCGAAAAAACAUUGGGCCAGCCAAGCAAUACCUCAUGGCACAGUGCGGAGUAGCAAACGAAAACGUCAAAGCACGUGCCGUGACCUGUGCCUUAAGGCAGCACAGGUGCAACCCCAUUGCCAACACGUUAAUGACCACUUCUAACCGUUCCUCCAUGCCUAUUCCAUGAUUUCCUUCAUCUUAAUUGUGAAUAAGCAGAGCCAAACCAGGUUUUCAAAGUAUAGCCACCCAUGCACCAUUCAACAUCAACAACGGAGUGAUUUUGAAUUAGGCUUAUCACGCGAAUGCAUACAGCGAGAGGGCCACCAGAAUUAUAUUUUCAAUUACCACGGUGUCGGAAUAGCCCAUCGACGAUAUGCUUCGCUGUAUUUUAUUUUAGGCUUUGCGGAUGAGAAUCCAUUUGCUAUGCUGGAGCUGAUACAGUUUUGUGUGGAAUGCUUGGAAGAACAAGUGGACAGGGUGUCAGAACUGGACAUUCUGUUCAAUUUGGACAAGGUGCAUGUGAUCAUGGAUGAGAUAAUCCUGAACGGUAUGCUUGUGGAAAGCAAUCGGAAAAGGGCGGCUCCUCAAAUGACUUGAAUGGCUGGCGACAAGGACCUGUUUGGUUGCCGCGGAGAUUGAGGGAAACCUAACGUGAUAACGCUUUGGGUAGAGACACCCGCUUAUCUGAGGGAUAACGAAAACCUCAAAUCCACCAAAUCAAGGAAUUUCCGUUUUUUUUUUAAAACCACGCAUGAGGCCUAGUAGCUUGUAGACUGCUUUUGCAAUAUAAUAUCACUUUUAUUCUUUCUUAUCUCGCCGCCAUAGAGAACUCUGUAAGCUAAAUUGGUAGAUUCGCCCGAGCCAGGCGAAAGCAAAGAUAGUUAGAAGUGAGACCGAAAAGAGAUAUGGGUUCAUGUGACUCAAUCCGAAGUUUUAGUCCACCGAUAUUACGGUGGCGCGCUUUGGAAAAUGGACCAAUCAGGCUGUUUUCA